GUCAAUGAUUUAUAAACUUAAAGAUAACAAAGUAUAAAGCUGUAUGACUGCCUCUGUCUUAUAAAGGAAACUUUCUGGAUGAUUUGCGAUGUCUCUGAAAAUGUUCCAUAUUUUGGUGUCUUCCCUGCUGUUUACAGCUUCCAUUUCAGGUGUCCUUGGAAUACCAUUUCUGACAGAAGAAUCAGCAAAUCAGUUUAUACGACUUAAAAGACACUUGCCAUAUUCUGAGAACUACUGGGACACAAGCAGCAGCCAAAAUACAUGGGGAUAUGCUGUGAUUGAACAGGUUAGUGAAUCAUGGACAGCUUUGAGAGAUACAGCGGAGUACUACAUGGACAUGAAAUCUUUUGCCUUUGAUCCAUUGAUUACCAGUGACAACGUCAGACCUUACAUGGACAUGCUACAGCAGUCUGGGACUCACCUCCAGCAACAGACAAGGACGAGCAGUUAAAUCCUAUGCAUCUUGUAUCUGGCAAUACUAGGACAUGGCAUGUUAUCUAUUUGCCACAAAUUACUUUACUUCAUCCCACUGUCUAGAACCACAAUUAACAUGCACAGUCUCUCAAUGACUAUUUUACAUUCAUCAGUAGGAGUGAUAUGUAAGUCAUGGUAAACUGAAUAAAGAGACGAAGACAAGACUGUCAUUAACUUUUACCAAUGAGGUUUUAAACAAAAGAAACCACUUUGUUUUCAUGUAAAAACUUUUUUUUUUUUUGACCAAAUAGUUAUUUUUAAAUAUACAUUCCUGUUUUCCUAUCAGGAAACCACAUUUUUCCUCAGUAUUUUGCUUCAGAUACAUUUCUGAGAAGAAAUGGAAGCCAGUUACUGUAGCUGGGUAGGAAGUUGAACACAUUUGCUCCACAUCUGACUAACAGGAAGAAUAUACUUUCUAUACUUCAAUUGUAUUUCAAUUUUUUUUUUUCUAAGUAUUGAGCACAAAUUAGUAGGUGUUAUAGUAUACAUCAUAGUGUACAUCCACAUUGUGCACUUUGCACAUUUAAACUUCUGUACUUGGUGUUGAAAGCCAAAAAUGACUGACACUAAAGCUACCAGCAUAAGUUAUUCUUUUUUACCCCAUGGAAGUAGGAGCUAGUGGAAACAUUUAUUUACAGCUCAUUUUCUAAUAAAAAGGGUGAUGACAAGA